AACUGUUGUAUCAGUAUAGUCGUCGUGACUUUAAGCCAUUCAGAGUCUACAAAUAGGUCAAGCGUUAAAAGUUAUGUGCAUUUUUAGUAGUCGUCAGAAAAAUGAAGACGACUUACAUUUUCUUACCCGUAAUAGGGGUACUACUUAAUUUUAUUGAAGUUUCACAGCAGGAUGAAGGCAAAUACAUUGAUCCUGCAACUCUCCCCAAAGUGGUCAAAGAUUUGUUUUCUGGGCCCAGUAUUAAUAACUUUAAAUUUAUCUGGAAAGAUAAUGACGGUACAGAAAAAGAACAGAAGGAACCUCAACCUCAACCAAAACCAAUUAUUCUAGUUUAUGGUGAAAAAAAAGGGCAAGUUAAAGCUGAAAGUGAAGGAGAUGGAUCUGCUGUCGUAGAGGAGCAAAAUGGGCAAAUCUAUGAUAAAGUAGAAGGCAAUGCUUAUGGAGAAGGAUCAUAUAAUUAUGAGUAUUAUGAUGAAGAUGAGUACAAUAUUAAUACAGAGGCACCAAAUGGAGGAAAAAUCAUCUAUAAGAUAUAUCAAGAAAAAGGAAGCAAAGAUACUGAGCAACAAGACCAAGGAUCAGGAGGUAAAGGAGGUCUCACUGGCUGGUUUGGCAAAUGGGGAGGAGGAAAAGAAACUAGUGGUAGUGAAAAUCAAGGAUCAAAAUGGUGGCUAGGAAAUUGGGGUGGUGGAAACAAAGGCGGCGGAACUGAUAAUGAUAAUGGAGGUGGGCAGGUCGAAGUGCCACCGCAAAUACAGUGUAGUCCACCUAAAUGUGAUGAUCCUGGAUGUUAUAUAGAUGGUAGCACAGAGCCAUGCCCUUCUUGUGUAUGCACAAUAACAGAGAUCAUCACUUUAUCACCUAUUGAAACUGGUGGUGGCGGCGGUGGCAGCAAAUGGAGUUGGAACUGGGGUGGAAAAGAUGACGGUGGUGGUAAAGUUACUCUGUCACCCAUUGAAAAUCCUGGUGGAGGUGGUGUCAACAAAUGGAGUUGGAACUGGGGUGGAAAUAAAGACGGUGGUGGUAAAGUUACUCUGUCACCCAUUGAAAAUCCUGGUAAUGGUGGUGGCGGUAACAGAUGGAAUUGGAAAUGGGGUCAAAAUAAUAACGGUGGUGGUCAAGUCACUCAGUCACCCAUUGAAAAUACCGGGGGAGGAAGGUGGACAGGUGGGAGAUGGAGCUGGCUUGGAGGCGGAGGAGGUGGAGAUAAAGGUGGUGGUGGCGACGAAGUUAUCACUCUAUCACCCGUUGAAACACCUGCUCCAGAAGGAGGAGGAGGAGGUUCCAAAUGGAGUUGGAACUGGGGUGGAAAUAAUGGUGGCAACAAUGGGAACAAUGGACAAACAGUUAUUCGCAAAUGGAACUGGGGAUCCACAGGAAAUGAUGGUGGCAACAAUGGAAACAAUGGACAAACAGUUAUUCGCAAAUGGAACUGGGGAUCCACAGGAAAUGGUGGUGGCAACAAUGGGAACAAUGGACAAACAGUUAUUCGCAAAUGGAACUGGGGAUCCACAGGAAAUGGUGGUGGAGCCUCAGCUAUUGGAACUGCUGUUGCAGGAUCAUCUGGAUCAGGUGGAGACUUAGGUGCACAAUCACCAUUUGGAGGAGGAAAUGGAGGAGGGGGAGGAUUUAAAAGAUGGAAUUUCAACUUCCCUGGUUCCUCAUCCGUAGCAACUUCAUCAGCUGGAACAGGUAGUGGAGUCUUUAACAUUUUCGGAAAUAGAGGAUCUUCCAAUAAUGGUGGAGUAAAUGGUUUCCGAUGGGGUGGCUGGAACUCAGGUAAUGGCAACGGAGGAGGAGGCAACAAUAAUGCUGGUAAUGGUGGCUGGGGCUCCAAUGGUGGUGGUAAUGGCAACGGAGGAGGCUACAAUAAUGGCUGGGGCUCCAAUGGUGGUGGUGGUGCAGCUGCAGCUUCUUCAAGCUCAUCGUCAAGUGGAGGUGGAGCUGCCGCGGCAUCAAGUUCAAGUACCGGAGGAGGUUCAGCAGCUGCUUCCAGUUCUUCAUCCAGCGGUGGUGGAAAUCGAUGGAAUUGGAGAUGGGGUUCUAAAGGUGGUGAUGGUGGUGGAACUGUCACUUUAUCCCCCGUCGAAACACCUGCACCAACAGGUGGAGGAUGGGGCGGAAACAAAUGGAGUUGGAACUGGGGUUCUGGAAACGGCGGCGGCGGAGGAAGCGAUGUUACUUUAUCACCAAUUGAAAAUGGUGGAGGAGGGGGUGGAAACGGAUGGAAUGGGGGUUCUGGAGGCUCUGGAGGCAGUAGUAGUGCAGCUGCCGCAGCAAGUUCUAGUGGUGGAGGUAGUGCCAGUUCCUCAGCAUCGUCCUCUUCUGGGGGUAGUGCUAAAACGUCCAAAAAAUGCGUUAAGAAGAAAAGGCUGGUAAAGAAAGGUGGAGGUGGAGUGGUUAUUAAAAAGGAAGAGGAAGAAGGAGGAGGAGGAGGAAAUUCAGGUGAAGUGAUAAUAACAAAGGAAGAGGAAGGAGGUGGAGGUGCAAAGGAAGGUGGAGGUGCAAAUGAAGGUGGAGGUGAAAGUGGAGGGGAAAGUGGAGGUGAAAGUGGAGGGGAAAGUGGAGGUAAAACUAUAAUAAUUAUUAAAAAAAUACUGGAUGAGGGAGGAAGUGGAGGCGGUGGAACUGUAGUUAAGGAAGUACCUACAACUACUCCAGCUGCAGUUACAGCUACAGCUACAUCUGCACCUGUCGAAAGAAGAACUGCGAGAAUUAUCAUCAAAAAAGUGAAAAAAGUCUCUGCUAGUGGAGAAGGUAGUGGAGAAGCAGGAGAGGAUUACGAAUACGAAGGCGAUGGUGAUCAAGCGGACGCUUCCUACCACUAUUCGAAAGAAGAAAGCAGCGGAGUUUCUUAUCACUAUUCGAAAGAAGAGAGCAACGGAGAAGGAUUUUCAUAUCAUUAUUCUUAUGAAAAAGAUGGUGAUGGAAACGUAGUUACAGAUAAAAGUCUCGUAACAGAAGCACCCGCUUCGCCCUCAACUACAGAUGAUUACUACUAUUAAUGAGCUACUGUAAGACUAGAAUGUUCUAUCAACUUAGGUGGUUAAAACUGUGAAAAAAUGCCUAGUGAGAAAAAGAUAGUUUCAGCAUAUAUUUUUUGCUUGUUUCUGUAUGCACUCGAACAAGUCUGGAAAUUCAUGCUUUCUUUUCUUUUUUUUUCAAGCAAAAGACAAUUCUUUAAAGCUUACCUGAAAUUAAAAUAAAUUUAUUUAAUUGCC